CCUACAUUCACCACGUCUUCCUCUACCACUUCCUCCUUUACCACCCUCGACAGGUUAAGAAACCUUCUUAACACCGUCACUCCCCCGACUCUUUCCCUCACUUCUUCCACUUCGACUUCCACAUCGAUUCCUUCGAACACAGCUACAAUGUCUGCUGAUACUGUUGGAAAGACCAUCACUUGCAAGGCCGCCGUCGCCUGGGAGGCCGGAAAGGACCUCUCCCUCGAGGACAUCGAGGUCCUUCCCCCUAGGGCCCAUGAGGUCCGCAUCCAGAUCUACUACACCGGUGUCUGCCAUACCGAUGCAUACACCCUCUCCGGAAAGGACCCCGAGGGUGCUUUCCCCAUCGUCCUCGGUCACGAGGGUGCUGGUAUCGUAGAGUCCGUCGGCGAGGGCGUCACCAACGUCAAGCCCGGUGACCACGUCGUUGCUCUCUACACCCCCGAGUGCAAGGAGUGCAAGUUCUGCAAGUCCGGCAAGACCAACCUCUGCGGCAAGAUCCGCGCAACCCAAGGAAAGGGUGUCAUGCCCGAUGGCACCUCGCGCUUCAGGUGCAAGGGCCAGGACCUCCUCCACUUCAUGGGAACCUCCACCUUCUCCCAGUACACCGUCGUUGCCGACAUCUCCGUCGUCGCCAUCACCGAGAAAGCCCCCAUGGACCGAACCUGCCUGCUCGGCUGCGGCAUCACCACCGGCUACGGCGCGGCCGUCAUCACCGCAGGCAAGGGCGGUAUCGAGAAGGGCGCCAACGUCGCUGUCUUCGGCGCCGGCUGCGUCGGUCUAUCCGUCAUCCAGGGAGCCGUCAAGAACGGCGCCGGCAUGAUCAUCGUCGUCGAUGUCAACGACAGCAAGGAGGAAUGGGCCAAGAAGUUCGGCGGCACCCACUUCGUGAACCCCACCAAGCUCGGCGGCCAGAGCAUCCAGGAGAAGCUCAUCGAGAUGACCGACGGCGGCUGCGACUACACGUUCGACUGCACGGGCAACGUGCACGUCAUGCGGUCCGCCCUCGAGGCCUGCCACAAGGGCUGGGGCGAGUCCAUCGUCAUCGGCGUCGCUGCCGCCGGCCAGGAGAUCUCCACUCGUCCAUUCCAGCUCGUCACGGGCCGCGUGUGGAAGGGCUGCGCGUUCGGCGGCGUCAAGGGUCGCUCCCAGCUCCCGGGUCUCGUUGACGACUACCUCGGCGGCCAGCUCAAGGUCGAUGAGUUCAUCACCCAUCGCCAGCCGCUCUCCAAGAUCAACACCGCUUUCGGCGACAUGAAGGCCGGCGACUGCAUCCGCUGCGUCGUCGACAUGAGGCAGUUUUAGAUUGGCUUUCCGCGUCCGUUGCAUCUUUGACAGGGGGGUAAUGAAGAGUUCUUUUGGGUUAAAAGAAAAAGUACGAGUAUGAUGACAAUCAGUAUGAAAUGGCGUUUUGAAUUCUACGUCGGGGACGUACGUACAGUCUGCAUGAGCCAGAGGCGUUGACGA